AAAGCUGUUACAGGUACGUGUGUUUGAUUUUUAACUUAUGUCAAAACUUCGUUAACAAUUACACUUAUCGUGACAUUCUUAAAACAAUAUAAUGAUACAUAAAUUUGACAAAGGGGAAUGAUGUUUAUCACAACAUUUUCAGAAAGAUGGACGAAUUCCAGCUGCUGCUCUCUUUCUUCUUACCUUGUUUAGUUUGGACAUUGUCUACAUUUGUGAUCAUGGGGUGUAUACGUUCCUGCUUCGCAAGAGAUAACCCGCAGUUGGACGUAUGCAAGCAGUAUAAUGCUGUUACGGUUAUACCAACCAACGAAGAUAUUCAACGUUUAGAAAAUAAAGAAAGUCUGAAGCAAAACUAUGAUGAUAAGACAAAAGAAUUUGGUUAUAUCUUGCCAGAAGAACGCAAAGGGCUUUUAAAUUCUGAAGUCAGUUUUGUCGACGAGGAAAACGACACAGUCAUGAAUAGACCUGAACCUAAAACCCACCAACGCAAAAAGAAUGAAGAGGAAUACAAACUGUUGGAAAUAUUUGGAAAAGAAAAUUCUCAGAUGAAGAAAGAUCAAGAUGAACUGUACAAACAACUUAUUGAUCAAAAAGAAAAAUAUGAAAAUGAACUCAAAGUAAAACGGGAACAAUUAUCCAGUAAAGAAAACGCAGUUGUCACAGAGAGAAAGAAAAUACAAGCAAUAGAAACCGAACACAUAAAAGCUGUAGAACAAAUAACUAAAGAGUUAAUGAUAUUAGAAGAAGAAAAUUCUCAGCUGAAGAAAGGUUCAGAGGAAUCGAAGCAAUACCUUUUUGACCAAACAGAAAAUUAUGAAAAUGAUCUCAAAGUAAAACAGGAACAAUUAUCAAGUAAAAAAGAAGAUGAAGUUGUCAAGGAGAGAAAAGAAAUGGACAGGAAAACACAAGAACUACAAGAAUUGCAAGAAUUAGAAACCAAAUACAAGGAAACUGUAGAACAAAUUACUAAGGAAUCAAAGAAAUUAGAAAAUGAAAAUUCUCAGCUGAAGAAAGAUUUAGAGGAACUGAAACACCUUUUUGAUCAAACAAAAAACUAUGAAGAUGAUCUCAAAGUAAAACAGGAACAAUUAUCAAGUAAAGAAGACGAACUUAUCAAAGAGAGAAACGAAAUGACCAAGAAAAUACAAGAAUUACAAGAAUUAGAAACAAAAUACAAAGAAAUUGUAAAACAAAUUAAAGAGUCAAAGAUAUCGUUCAAUCGUUUAGAAGAAGAACACUCUAAACUAAAAGAAGAUUUUGCGAAAGCAAAGCGAGACAUUGCAAUUUUGACAGAAAAAUAUGAACAUGAUUUGAAAGAAACCAAGGAUCAGCUGUCAAGUAAUGAGGAAGCAUUUAACCGGUUCAAAGAAGAAACAGUCAAAGAAAAGCAUGAACAAAACUCCUCAUUCAAGGCAAAUGAAGAUAAACUUAAGAAACAGUUACAGGAACAUGAAGAGGAAAAGAUACGACUGGAAAAAGAAAUUGAAAAUGUUAGAAAUUCCAAAGAGAGUGAAAUCAGGGCCAUCGUAGCAGAAAGAAACAAGAUAGCAUAUUUGUAUAACGCAAUCAAGAGUCAAAAGUCAACCCAUGAGUCUGCAAAAAAUGCUUAUGAGCGUGAAGGUGUAGAGAACAUGAAUGACGAGUUUUCUAAUUCAAAACUUGCAGCAAAAUUUACCGAAAUUGAAAAGGAAGAAUGGCUUAACGCGUUUGAGUCAUUACAAGGUGCCCAUGGAGAAUUGUCUGCGAUCAAGAGAAUUUCUUUCUUAAUGUCACAAGCGUAUCUGUUAUGUAUACAGUCCUCAGACAAUGCCACACGUGUCUUGCUGGGUCUUGAUGAAAACGAUAAGUUGCCGCCUCAGAUCGAGACAAAUGUAUCUGAAGCAAGAAGGGAGCAGCUACAACAUGAGCAUAUGAAAAAGGAAAUCGUGGAAAGCGUUCUAAAAGACUCCCAAGACCGUUCUACAGAAUUACGGGUAUUCCUCCACAAGUAUGUUGAAUGUUGUCUACUUCUUGUAAUAUCUCGACCCGAGAUAAAACUUUACUUUGACGUAAAAGGAAUGUGUUAUGAUGGAGAAUUGAAGCGGCGCUUCAGGAAGUAUUGUACAGGUUCUCCGGUCGUGAAGAGUGGUGUACAAGCGGACACAGUGAUUGAGGUAGUAUGGCCAGAACUAAAUGAUCAUUGCGGCAUACACAGAAAAGGAAUAAUUGUUGCUGUUGCCCAGAGACUUGACUGUUAAAAUGACUAGGUGGGUUAAAAGGGACAGUAAACAUGUCUAUGGGAAACAAGUAUACACUUUAAUACGAACAUCAUCCACACUCAAAACAAUAUAGUGUGACUAUCCAUUAAUGCAGUUUGAAAAUGUCUGGAAUUCUUUAACUUGCGAAGGCUUUCAAAUGGUAAUAUGCGAUGUUAUUUAUAAGGAAAAGAAAUUAAAAUGUAAUGUUUUAUUCUUUCAUAUUAAAGGGAAGUAAUAAAUAACGAAUGAUUUCAUCGCUAUAUUUGGUCUAAAAUAAUAUAUAAACGCGGAUAAUUUAAUCAUUUAAAAUUGUAUUUUACACUAUUAGAACAUAAACCAAUAAGCGCUUAAAUACUUUUCAUCGCUAUAAAUGUUCCAUACCUGUAGCAGUGUAGUUCUGGGAGGAGGUAAUGAUGUUAAAUUUUAAAAUAACACGGUGGAAAAUGUUUACCCCUAAAUCUGUCUGAUUUUCUAUCAGGUAAAUGACUAAUCUGCUAAAAUAAACGAUUUGUCAGUAAUAACAAAUGAGAUCAAAUAGAUAGAGUAUUAUGAUUUCAACAUGAUUUGAUUAACUUUUCGUGACAUUGUCGACAUUGUCACGUGUUUAAUCUUUAGUUGCAAGGGAUGUCAUUCGUUUUUAUGAGCGAGACAUACUGCCGGAUUAUUACGAGGCGAUGUCAUUGUAAAAUUAAAUUUCCGAUGUCACUUUUUAAGAAUAAAUUACUUAUUAGGCCAUAAAAAUUCUUUGUUUCCGGUAACAUGCUCAAAAACAUUUUGGUAGGUAGCUCGGAAAAUUUUUUUAUUAAGGGAGACUUUUCGGAAAUUAUUUUUGUGUCAAAAAAUGAUACAAAUAAGGGGGUUAUGCCUUUAGAGCAUCAGUAAGUUUAUUUCUAACACCACUGGCAUUGAUUAAAGCAUAAAAAGUGCAUUUUUGCAACUUUUUGUUAAAAAGUUGAAUAAAAAAAUUCUCCGAGGCCAUAAAAACAUUUAGGGUCAGGCCAAAGAUUUAGGGUAUUUUUUACGCCUUACUGGACCAUAUCCGUGCGACAUUACCGAAAUAUAGUUUAUGAUUCAAUAACGAAAUAAAUAUGCUAGUUAAUAUUUUCUUCGGGUGUUUUAUUACAAUCAUUGUCACAGCGCAUAUAGUAAUUCCUUAAGCUUAAGAUUAGCAGGUCGCGCGUGAUGCUAUAAAUACAUAUCUGAGUAAUAUGGCCCCGCAAUGCCUUAACGUCCUUAUAUGCAAAUGAGUUAUUUUAAAUAGGAAAACUAUGGCGGCGAUUACAUAAGAUUACGCAAUGUUUACAGCCAUUUACCACUUAUAUAUACUGAUUUCCGGAACGGGAAUGCAUGAAGGGGUCACACUUCUGGACAGCACAGUGCCUUUAAAAAUCACCAUUUUUAAAAAAGCUGUUACAUGUGUUCGUUUUGAUGAAUUUGCAAUAAUGUAGCAGUGUUUAUUCCUUUACAAAUGGCAUUCCUUUUUAAAGGGGACAUUUAUUUUAGAAUAAUUUAUGUAUUCAGUUCUUUGGGAUAGAACAGUAAAACAUGUAUUGGAAAGAUAAGUUGUUC